UCCCCAAAUCUAGGAAUUUUGUUCAGAAAAGUUCCGCACUUUGUCUUUGCGGCAGCCGGAGAGUUGUGUGUCACCGGAGUUUUGUGCUUUCAAAUUCGGAGCUCCAAUUCGGAAGAAAUGGGUCGUUCUCGGGCUGUUCAUCAAUCCACCGAUGAUGAUCCAAGCCAGAGGUCUAAGAGAAAAAGGGCAGCACCAAAUGUGGAGAGUUUUGAUACUGCAGCUACUGGCCAAAUAUUGACUGAAGGGAAAAAGGCUUUGUACCAUUGCAAUUAUUGCAAUAAAGACAUAUCUGGAAGGAUUCGGAUUAAAUGUGUUGUGUGCUCUGACUUUGAUCUUUGUGUGGAAUGCUUUUCUGUUGGAGCAGAAGUGCAGCCUCACAAAAGCAAUCAUCUGUAUAGAGUUAUGGAUAACCUGUCAUUUCCUCUCAUAUGUGCUGACUGGAAUGCUGAUGAGGAAAUGUUACUUCUAGAGGGUUUGGAAAUGUACGGAUUGGCAAACUGGGCUGAAGUUGCCGAACAUGUUGGAACAAAGAGUAAAUUGCAGUGUAUUGACCACUAUAAGUCCACAUAUAUUAGUUCUCCUUGUUUUCCGCUUCCGGACAUGUCUCAUGUUAUGGGAAAGAACAGAGAGGAACUUCUUGCCAUGGCCAAGGAUCAAGGAUAUGCAGCUCCCGGGGGAGUUAAUGUUAAAGAAGAGUCUCCAUACUCUGCAGGAAUCAAGAUGGAAGAUCAAAGGGAAGAAAAUUCAACUGGACUUGCCUCAGUUGGAGCUUCUGCUUCUGGUACAUUAGCAGGAGCUGGAAAGAGGACAUCUAGCUUACUUCAUAGUAAGGAGAAUCAUGAUAGCAUCAAAGUGGAAGGUUGUCCUGCAGACAGGAGUGUCGGAGAGAAAAAGCCUAGGUCAUCAGUGGAUGAGGGGCCUUCUAUGACAGAAUUAAGUGGUUAUAAUUCCAAGAGAGAGGAGUUUGAAAUUGAAUACGAUAAUGAUGCUGAGCAGAUGGUGGCUGAUAUGGAAUUUAAAGAGACAGAUAGCAAUGCGGAACGUGAAUUGAAACUUCGGGUAUUGCGUAUAUACAAUAAAAGGCUUGAUGAGAGGAAACGUAGGAAGGAUUUUAUUUUGGAAAGAAAACUACUUCAUCCUGAUCCUUUUGAGAAAGACCUCACCCCGGAGGAGAAGGACAUAUGCCGUCGUUACAGGGUGUUCAUGCGUUUUAGUUCAAAAGAGGAGCAUGAGGAUUUCCUUAGGAGCAUAAUCGAGGAGCACCGGAUAGUUAAACGAAUACGAGAUCUUCAGGAUGCCCGAAUUGCUGGUUGCCGAACUUUAGCUGAGGCAGAAAGAUAUGUUGAACAAAAGAGAACGCGGGAAUCUGAAGAAAAUGUACGUAGACUAAAGGAGAACUCCCAGAGUGGCCCAAGUGGCAAAUAUUUGCAAAGAGCAGGUCACUUUAAAGUGGAGCAUGACAGCAGCCCUAGAGGAGUUGGUAGAGGCCCUGAAAUGAUGGAUUGUUGCAAUGACUUAUCAUCAACCACCGCACCACAUGGUGUUGGAAGUGCUGUAGACAUUUGGGAUGUCAGUGGCUUUUCAGGGGCUGAGUUGCUCUCAGAAGCUGAAAAAAAGCUUUGUGAUGAGAUAAGAAUCCUGCCGGCUCAUUAUCUAAACAUGUCGCAAACCAUGUCCAUGGGGAUCUUUAAUGGCAACAUCACCAAGAAAUCUGAUGCGCAUGGUCUAUUCAAUGUUGAUCCGAAUAAGGUGGACAAAGUGUAUGAGAUGCUUGUUAAAAAGGGCCUGGCUCAAGCGUAAUGUUGCUACUUUACAGGUUCAAGCAUGAUUUUACUAAUUUUCUACCAAAAUUGGCAAUGAUGUAAAAAGGCUGCCCUGUUUUCUUAGAUUCUUUCAAAACUAUCUAAACCGUUACGUUAGAUGAAGGUUGCUCAAGGCAUGGCUGUUCAAAAAGUUAUCACAUACGUGUAACGAGAGGAAAAGUUAUGCAGUGGAUAUCCUUUAUAAUGAUACCGAUUGUAGAUGUGAGGUUCGUAACACAAGCUUUUCAUAGUGUUCCAGUAACAUUGCAAUUAUUAUGGCGUGGUAAGUUAUCUGUUCGAAAGGAAGCGGUGUAAUGUAGACUUAUGCUGUUGUCUGAGGCUUGUGUAUACAUGAGGUUUAUACAUCCAAUUAGAUUGUGAAUAGUUUGCUGGUUCACAGCUAGUUUUGGAAAGUGUUUCAUUUGCGAUUCUUUUUCCUCAAAACAGGGAAGUUGGAUUGAGUAUCCAUUUUAUGUUGUUGGAUUGAGUAUCUAUUUUAUGUUGGAUUAUAAUAUUUAUGUUGUUGGAUUA